GACAAUAUAGACACACCUCCUCGGAUCUCCAGUUGUGUAGUGACCGUCGCAGAAACCACACGCCAUCGCCAUGUCCGGAGAUAACCUCACUGCCGUCUUACACCAGACGAAAGACCUAAGAUUGGAACAAACUCCAAUCCCUGAGAUAAACGAUGAUGAGGUACUUCUGCGCAUGGACUGCGUGGGUAUCUGCGGGUCCGACGUGCACUACUGGCAGAGCGGCCAUUGCGGUCACUUCGUGCUCAAGGAGCCCAUGAUUAUGGGACAUGAGGCUUCUGGCGUCGUUGCCAAGGUUGGUGCUAAAGUGAAGAACCUGGUCCCAGGCGACCGCGUGGCCAUCGAGCCGGGCGUCCCGUGCCGCUACUGCGAGUUCUGCAAGACGGGCCGCUACCACCUCUGCCCCGACAUCAUCUUCUGCGCCACGCCGCCCUGCCACGGCAACCUCGCGCGCUACUACAAACAUGCUGCUGACUUCUGCUACAAAUUACCUGACCACGUAACAAUGGAAGAGGGCGCUUUACUAGAGCCCCUGUCAGUGGGUAUCCACGCGUGCCGCCGCGCCGGCGUCACUGGAGGCUCCACCGUGCUGGUUCUAGGCGCGGGACCUAUAGGCCUGGUCGUCAUGUUAGCUGCUAAGGCUUUCGGUGCCAGCAAAGUUCUCAUUACAGACAUCCUUCAAUCCCGCCUGGACUUCGCCAAGAAGAUGGGCGCGGACGCGACCAUGCUGGUCACCCGCGACGACAAUGAAGCCGACUUAGUGGCCCGCACCCAUCAGCUGUUGGGCGAGCACCCAGACUUCAGCAUUGAUGCGAGCGGCGCGCAGUCCACCGUGCGGCUUGCCAUGCUGGCGACCAAGUCAGGCGGUACCGCGGUGCUGGUUGGAAUGGGCAACCCGGAGCUCACCGUGCCCCUGGCGGGCGCCAUGAGCCGCGAGGUUGACAUUCGAGGCAUCUUCCGCUACGUUAACGAGUACCCCAUCGCGCUAGCAAUGGUGGCGAGCGGCAAGAUCAACGUGAAGCCGCUGGUGACGCACCACUUCUCACUAGAGGAGACCCUGGAGGCCUACGAGACCUCGCGCCAGGGCGCCGGCGUCAAGGUCAUGAUACACGUGCAGCCGAGGGACACCAACAACCCCCAGAAAUUCUAAACUUGGUUUUAAAAGGUGGCCAAUGGCAGGGUGUCUAAAUAAUUUUAUUCCUAGUGGCCAAGAGCUAUUGAUUGUAAACAGAGAUGUGAAAAAUACUUUAUAAAAAGUAUUUAAAUACAAAAUACAAAUACUUCCUUGAUAAUACUAUUUCAAAUGCAAAAUACAAAAUAGUUUUUGAAUUUGUAUUUAAAUACAAAAUACGAAAUAGGUAUUUUCAAAAUACCUUUUAAAAAUACAAAUACUUUGCGAUAAAAGGUACUCUGAGUAGUGAAUACCUAGUCUGAAUUAAAGAGUAUUACUCGGAAUUUCCGAGUUGAAAAGACUCUUUAUUCUUUGAAAUCAAUCCUCUAUCUAAAGUGCAAAUUUCUAGUUGUUUGCUCAUAUUAACCGGUAGGAUGUAGGUAUGGAUGAUGGUUACGGCCAAAUUUUAAAGCAUUAAUUUGUAAUGUUUUACAGCUAGUUUUUUUUAGCAUUAGUAUAAUGCCUCUCGUUAGUGUGAUGAAAACGUCUCGUUUGUGUUUCACCAGGGCAGAAAAGUUUGUUCUCCUCUCGUGCCUUGAAACCCUCGCAACACUCAAGAUUCCACUUUUUUAACCACUCGCUACGCUUGUGGUCAUGUGCGACGUUACUAAACAGAUUCAACAGUUCCAUGUUAAAAGAAUGAGAGAGUUGCCAGGAUUGUAACAUCAGAAGAGAUUGUAACUCCUACCUACUAUUAAGUAUUUUGAAAAUAGAAAAUGGGACCUAUUUUCUAUUUCUAUUUCAAAUAAAAUACAAAAUAGUUUUCUUCAAAAGGUAUUUAAAUACAAAAUACAAAAUAGGUAUUUUGCAUUUAAAUACAAGUAUUUCAAAUAAGUCACAUCUCUGAUUGUAAAAUAGGCAUUGACGUAUUUCUCAGGACGGGCCUUACUGGUACUAGUUCAGUGGUGUCACUCACGAACUCGAGCCAAUCGUGCAGUCUAACGCAAAUAGUCGCGACCAAUCGCGCACGUGAUGCGAACUCAUCAACCAAUCAGGUUGUAGCUGUGUCACACCGCUAUACUGGGCCCAUUCAUGCCCCAUUCUUAUUGCCCGUAAGGCCAGUACUAAGAUAUGUCAAUGAGUCUAGGUAUGUACAAAAGUUAAAUUGUAAAACAGAAGUCUAUUGUACCAAACUUAGGUUCGACAACAAAGACAGCUGAACUAGUCCAUCUGGCAUCUAUUCUUUUCUUAUAAUAUAACCAAAGUUACCGUAUAAUAUGCGGGGCCCUACAGUGACAUCUAAAUCAGCUGACAAAUUAAACUACUGUUAAUAACUCCUUGCCACUGGUUCUUCCGAUACUUACCGACCAUUUCUGUCCUCUAAAAUACUAUUAUAUUUGAAUACGAAUGUUCUAUUCUAUUCAGAAGGCGCAUUUAGGUUUUAAAAAUAUGAAAUUUCGUGAGAGUCAUGAAUUUGGUAAAUUAAUUUGCCUAUGUUUUGACACGUUUACAGGGUUAUUUUUUAAAUCUUGCAUUGUUGUAAAUGCAUAAUUAUUUAUUAAAGCUACCGACAAAUAACAAAAUUUAAUUGUGCUAAUCCUACAAAUUACAGAUAUAUUAACCUCUUAAAACAUACUAUUAGGGGCUAUUCAUAAAUUACGUCAUUUCAAAUUAGGGUCUGGACAUCGGAUGAUGGUAGCAUAACGUAGGAGGAAACGGGGUCAUUCGAAGCAUGAUUUUUGGAUGAUUUUAUUGGGGUUCAAAAAUCGAUGACGUCAUUUAUGGACAGCCCCUUACCUACUGAAGUGGUGCUCUAAGCAGUCUAACCCAUUAAUAAAAUUGUAAAUGUUAGAACUAAGAAUGUUGUACUUAUGUAUUUUAUAGGCGCUGUUGGCGAAAUAAUAUUGUAGAUUGAUAACUUGAAACACUAUGAAAUAAAUUAUUUUAUUACA